CGUUGAAGAACAACAAGGGGAAAACGGCGGAUGGCGACUGCGGCGGCACAAGACAGCGCACCUCCGGCGCCAGGCAGCGUCUCGGGCGAAGGUACACUAACUGGAUUGUGCCUUGAAGCGAUCGCUCGCCACAUCUUUCAGUUCUACAACUCGCGACUGUUGGACCGCAUGGACAGCACCACUGCGGCUAUGUGCCAAUCACUUUUGCAUUCGUUUGAUGUAUCCAUUCUGGAACGGCUGCGCGACGACGCCAAGUUUCCCGCGACGAUCCUAGCUUCCCUGCCUCGCAAACCGUCCAAGUCGAGUCUCGGGCACGAGCACCGAUUUGGCGAGCUCCUCUUUCUGGAGAAGCACUGUCUUUCCGCGCGGGAUAUCGAUCGAUUUGGCUUGGCGUUUGUUCAAGCCAAAGCCAGGACUUCAACGGCCUUGCCGGAAUCCCCCGAUGCGACCGAGCCGGCCGAAGUAGUCGAUCAGACGUUUUCAACGAGCCCGAAGGAAUUCGCGUUUCCGUUGCCAGAAGAGCACCAAGAAGAUGCUGACCCGUCGCCUACCAAAGACAACACCAACUCUGCCCGACCGCUCACGGCCAUUGCGAAGCGCGGGAUGCCCCUGACGAACUUUGGGGCCCACGCAAUCGCUGACCUCCUCCAACGUUUCGACCGCAUCGAACGGCUCAGUUUAGUGUCGUGUUGUAUCGGCACCGCGGGGGCCGUCGUGCUAUCUCUCGCGAUCGCUCACGUCAAGUGGUUGAAGGUGCUCGACCUCAGCAACGACUGGACUUCCGACUGUGGCAGUUGUCCGUACUCGAAUCAAAUUGGCGACGAUGGAGCGAUGGCGCUAUCGUGUGCUCUUCGCACGAAUGCGUCGGUGGUCAAGGUCGUGCUGAGCGGCAAUCCCAUCGGACCACGCGGGGGCUACGCGCUCGCCGACAUUGUGCGAUGUAGCAACACGCUGCAGGUGCUCCACUUGAAGCAGACCAAGAUCAAGCAGGCCGCGACGGCCCUCGUCCGAGCGUAUCAAGACUCGACGAGUUUGCGCGACCUGGAUCUGGAAUGGUGUCGCUUGCCCCCCGGCAUCGGCAUCCACUUGAACCACGUGCGCAUCUCGCGCAAUUCAAAGGGACACUUGUCUGGUUAACUUAAUGGUGGCUGCUUUGUCUCGGCACCUACUCGAGUCAUCGUGGCGAGCUUGGAGGGACUUGGCGACGGCGCUCCGACUCGGCUAUCGGAGACGUCUCGACGCUAGCCACGCCUCGUGCUCGCAAGGCUGUUCUAUCGGUCAUGCCCUCGGUGCACGGGUCGAACACACCGCCGCGUCGUGCGACGACUCGAUCGAUGCACUUGAAUCGAUUGUUUCCAGACCACUGCGCUCUGUAUGGAGGCUCGGACAGUCAACAUCCGUUGGCGACAGUGCUUCCGCUUCGGUGGGAUCGACGUCGGGGGAAAACAACUUUGGAGAGUCGGAUGGAGAAAAGAGUGCAUCGUCGAUCGAGAGCGGUCGAAUCGAGGCAGCGGUGGGAGCGGCGCCCGACAAAGAUUGACUCGACACGUCGUGGAGGAAGGCUUGCCCCCUUUCUUCAGCAUCCCGUGUUAGCUCACUCCGAUCGUGCAACGAGGUGUCCGUGGAGUCCGCAAAAGUCACGCAUGACUCGUCGGAUGGAGGUGUGCUAUCUGCUGCGCUGAGGUCGUCGUUUGCAGGUCCGGUCGCCAUGUCGUGAUGGGCGCUUGGCUGUCCCUCGCACGUGUGUGCUGCCUCCCGAGAAGACGAGCUUUCGUCGGAUGAAGGUGUGCAUUCGUCGGCCGCAAUCAUGUCGCCGUUGGGGUGCGGAACUCGUUGGUGUUCCCGCUCGAGUUGCUCGGUUUCUUCCCAAGGUAAUGAAGCACGAUCUAUGCACAGUGUGGAGGUUGUCAUGUAGUUUGCAGCGUCGGGCGGUGCCGUUGUGGACAGCAACGUUGGCGAGGAUGCCCCCGUUGUUGAAGUCCCUGUCUGUUUGUCAUCGAUCACGAACUGCAUGAGCUCCGCUCUGGACGGUGUCGGCCUCACCGCUGCCUUGCUUGGAGAUGCUAGCAUUCCCCGGAGACCUGUGCUGCUCCGUUGAAUGCGAUCUCUCUCUACGUCUUGCGUGCGAUUCUGCCGGAAGGAUCGGCUUGGGGAGUGCUGUAAAUUCUUGCGCGAAUCUCGAAGACUGCCCCGGCUUAGAGAAGUCGAUACGGUUCUACAAGACGCGUCGCCGGUGCGGAAUGCAGACGCAAGUGGGGCGCCCGACGGAUCGGCAGCCAUCGAUGCAUGUUCAUCGGCCAAGAGCAGCCUGUUGAGCUCGGCACGCGAAUCGGAUGGCACCAGCACAGCCGUGCUCGGGGAAGUUCGCAUGAGCCCAACGAAUCCUCCGUUGUCGGCAGUGCGCGAAUCGGACAAGAGCAGUCGACUGGGAUCCGUCCGGGAUUCGGAUGGAGCCAGCACCGACUCGCAGGGCGACGUACGCAUGACAUCGAUGGUGCCCCCGUGAUCGUCUUGCAAUGAAGCAACGUGUUGAUCGGAUAAGAGGAGUCGGUUCAGUUCCGCCCUGGACUCGGAAGGCACCAGGACGGCCUUGCUUGGCGAAGUCCGCAUGAGACCAAUGCAGCCCGAGUUGCUGUCGUCGCUAGAGGAGGCGUAGUGCUGGUCCGCCAAGAGCAGGCGGUUCAAUUCUGCCCUGGACUCUGACGGCACCAACACUGCCUGGCUUGGCGACGUUCGCAUACGCCCAACCGUUGCCCCAUGUCCAUCGUCCGCCAACGCAUCGACCGACGCGUGUAAAUCGGCUAAUAUCAUGCGAUUCAGUUCGGCCCGGGAUUCCGAAGGCACCAGGACAGCCUUGGACGGCGAUGUGCUCAUGCCUCGAAGGCCCGUCGCGCUGCGUUGCAGCAUGAAGUCUCGUCCGCCUUCGACCAUGCGCGGUUGCCGGAACGAUCGACUGGUGGAGUGAUGCAACAUCAUGGGGGGGUCCAGCUGGCCUCGACUUGGUGUGGCCUGCAGAGUCGUCGAAUCCUGGCGGUCGUCGUGUUGACCGGUCGACAAGAGGUUCGCUUUGCUGGGAGAGACUCGCAUGAGACCGACAACGUUUGUGUUCGAUGCUCCAUCGACGGCAGGUCGUGACACGGAGAGCGGCUUCUUCGCUGCUUCGAGAGCUUGCCUUGCAGCUUGCUGCUCUACCAGCAUGAACUGAUUUGCCUGGGAGGUCGACGGCACGAUGCCGCCCCCUCGACUGGCUGAGAUCAGCGACUCCACGUCUGCGUUGGACAGUCGCGCUUGUCGGAACGACGUGCGGGACGAUGUUUGCAGCCGGGCAGUCGUCGGGAGGAUCGCUUGCUCUUGGGAACCUCGGGUGAAGCUCGCACGCGUAUUUCGAAUUGGAAUCGGCUUGGGCAUGGGCGGAGUGACGUCGAUGGAUCCACCAUUUUCUUCCAUGUGGGACGCGACUGCUCCUUGGGUUUCGAGCAAAAUCCGAUUGAGGUCGGCACUUGCGUUACCGCUCAAGUCGGCGGUGGGCAGCGACAACUGCCGCGGCUGUACGGCUUUAGAGUGUAAAAGUUCGUGCGAGCGUCCGCCGCCUGGGAUGGACAUGCGAACUGGGCGGGACAUGGACGCGGUGACAUCGGCAGGGUGCGGUUGUGCUUGCACAUGAGGUACAACAAGGUGAGGCGGGAGCUGUUGUGAAGCAGACGCAUCGAGACGUAAUGGCACCGAUCCUUGGUUAAACGUGGCGCGCUUCCCGCGACCUCUGAUCGGUGACGUUGGCCCUGCUGUUUCGGUUGUAGUGCCAUGGACAGGGGCAUUGUGCGCCAACGAAGGAACCUCAGCGCCGUCUUCCUGCGCGGGCAAAGUCAAGCCCGGGACUUCAAAUGUGUCGCCACCGAUGCUGCGCAGUCGAUCUAGCUCUGCCUGUGACUCGGACGGAUCGAGCACCGCCUUGCUCGGUGAUGUGCUGAGCGUCUGCGUCAAUUUGAAGCUGCUCCGUCCGUCGACUUGAUCGAUGCGACGGGCCGACCGAGUCGCGGAGAUGUUGAGGAGUUGGGCAGUUUCGACGUCCGUGGCUUGCUUCGGCUGGAGGGUGUUGUCCGAUGGGUCACUGAGUCGGUCGACAGCUGCGCGAAUUUCAAAUUUGCGCAAGGAUGCGGCAUUGGUGUUGGGCCCCUCGAUAGCACUGGGGGAGCCGCUCUCGCCCAACACGGACUCGAGAAUAUUCGCAAUGCCAGCUUGCUUUGACGACAUGGUCGGAAAGACCGAGGGACUUGCGUCGCCCACAGCUUCCCGCAGCAUGUUGGCGAUGCUCGCUUCCUUUGACAUGAGUUUCGACGGCAGUGGUUGGGCUGGUGUGGUAACAGUAACUCUUGCAUCGUCGCCGACCGCACUUCUCAAGAUUUGAGCGAUGCUGGCUUCUUUCGUCAGCGCCUUUGACGACUGUUGCUGUGUUGGCGUAAGGACAAAAGCUGCAUCGUCGCCCACGGCAUCUCUCAAGAUAUUGGCAAUGCUGGCUUCUUUGGUGAGGGAGGGAGCGGAUGGGCGCGGCGGCAUGGAUCUUGGGACGACAACAGUCGCGUCCCCAAGCGCAUCCUUGAGGAUAUUGCCAAUGCUCACUUCUUUGCACAAUGGCGGCUGCAGUUGCUGUUGCAUUGCUUGGGCGGUGCUGUCUUCUCCAAUCGCGGGCUGUACGGUCUGGGCGACGCUGGCUUGUCCUGUCAAGGGAGUAUGGCCCUCUGGCCCCCGCAACGAGUCGUUGCCAUCUGUGGCACAAUAGGCGGGGCUGCUACGCCGUUCCUCGGAUGUGUGGUCGGCAUGUACAUCAUCGCAUUCCGCUGCGUCCUCCAAAGUUCCUGGAAUUGUCGUCUCGAAAGGUGGAGUGACAACGGGGGCGACCUGCACCAUGCUCGGCCGCUUGGCUGGUCGCCAAGACGCCGGCUCUUCGUAGCAUCGAUCGCCGGCUUUGUUUAUCCAAUACACUCGUGUAUCUGGCGCCAAGCACAUCUUGUAACCUCCUCGCUCAUCCAACACUGCGUCGGAGGUAGGUGCCAACGUUGACGGGGCAACGGGCCCUGCUCGACCGGCCGGUCGUGUCCCGCCAACUUGUUUGUCAGAGCCAUGUGACCGCAUCGUGCGCGUGUGGGUGUCGGCCACCUUGUUCACGCUCGCCUUGCCGCCCAUGGUCCCGACUUUCUCCUCGCACGGUCGAGUGCUA